UCGUCGCUCGAAUUCAGUUCUCUGUCGACCAUCAAACGGAAAUGCAGUACAAUCAGCCACAACCUGGAGCCGGUGGCUAUCCGUACCAGCCGCAGCCCCCAAGCUACGAGCAGGCCAUACAUGUCCCGGGUCCGGCUCCCGUCAGAGUUCAGGUGCAGGGUGCACCACCACCACCCGUGGUGAUCAUUCAGCAUCAAGCUGCUUUGCCGGUGGGUCCUGAUGCCAGCUUCAUCACCUGUCCCCACUGCCAUGUCCAGAAGCUGACCCGCGUCGAGUAUGCGCCCAGUGUGCGCACCCACUGCAUGGCCGCCCUCCUCUGCCUGAUUGGCCUCUGGUGCUUCGCCUGCCUGCCCUACUGCGCUACCAGUUGCAUGAAUGCCAACCAUUUCUGCGGCAACUGCAACAAGUUCGUGGGCGUCUACAGCAGCGACUAGCAGCUUUCGGGCAUCGAUACUUUCAGAAUAAACAAGCCGAUCCAUUCCAAU